UUUAUCAUCUUCUUGCAGCUCUGCUUUUAUAAGCUUUAUCACUCAUUCACUCUCCCACCCACCAGAGAAAUUUCUCCAUUGCUACGCAACUUCAGGCUUCAGCUCGCUCCGACCCAAAUACCCAAUGGCUGUUUAGGACCUUUCCGGUGCCGGAAUUGCAGCAUUCCAUGGGGAGCGUUUCGUCGGAGGAGGGCUCCGGCGGCGGCCGGAGCGAGAGAUGCGGGAGCUACAGUCCCAGCGCCAACGUCAGCGAGUCCGACAGUUGUUCUAGCAGCUUCUCGUGUCCGCCGUUCGGAAUCCCCUCCGCGACGGUCCCGCUGCCGCCGCUCACGCCUUCCUUCCCCGUCGGCGGCAACGAUUUGUUCCUCUGGGAGGAUAGCCCCACCCGGACUCGCCCACCCGAUUUGUCCGAAAUUGAACUGAUGAAGGAGAGAUUUGCAAAGCUUCUUCUUGGAGAAGACAUGUCUGGAGGGGGUAAAGGGGUGUGUACGGCACUUGCAAUCUCGAAUGCCAUAACAAAUCUUUCCGCAACUAUAUUUGGGGAACUAUGGAGAUUAGAGCCAUUGCCCUCACAGAAGAAGGACAUGUGGUGUAGGGAGAUGGAGUGGCUCUUGUGUGUGAGUGAUUCCAUUGUUGAGCUUGUGCCUUCGACACAACCGUUCCCCGGAGGAGGUGGGGCCACAUAUGAAGUCAUGGCCACGCGUCCCCGCUCGGACUUGUACGUCAACCUCCCUGCCCUCAAGAAGAUCGAUGCCAUGUUACUCGCCAUACUUGACGGUUUUCGUGAGAUGGAGUUUUGGUAUGUUGACCGAGGGAUCGUAUUGGCAGCCGAAGCUGAGGAUUGUCGUUCCUAUUCGUCGGGCAGGCCUUCGGUCAGGGAAGAGGACAAGUGGUGGCUGCCCUGCCCUAAAGUCCCUCCCAAGGGGCUGUCGGAAGAUGGAAGGAAGAGGUUGCAACAGUGCAGGGAUUGCACCAGCCAGAUUCUCAAGGCAGCUCUGGCCAUCAACGGCGCCGUUCUUGCUGAAAUGGAGAUCCCUAGGGCCUACUUGGAGUCCUUGCCAAGGAGUGGGAAGACAUGUUUGGGCGAGACGAUGCAUCGCGCCAUCACAUCAGAAAAUUUCUCACCAGAAGCGCUUCUUGAUUGCUUGGACUUGUCAUCCGAACAUCACUCUCUUGAAGUGGCUAAUAGAGUUGAGGCUGCAGUGUAUGUGUGGAGACUGAAAGACCAUAAAACCCAUUCGGAUGCUCGAAAACCAAAACACAAGAGCUGGGGAGGUAAGGUCAAGGGCCUUGUAGCCGAUGUUGGGAGGAGCCUUUUUCUGGCUGAACGCGCCGAAACCCUCUUGCAUAGCUUGAAACUUCGCUUCCCCGGUUUACCUCAGACUGCUCUGGAUAUGUAUAAAAUUCAGUACAACAAGGAUGUUGGGCAGUCAAUUCUUGAGAGCUACUCAAGGGUGAUGGAGAGCUUGGCAUUCAACAUCAUGGCAAGGAUCGACGACGUCAUGUACGCGGACGACGCAGCCAAGAGCUCGGCCUCAAACGGGUCGUCUUCCAUCUUCGACCGCGGGGGAUUGGGCGGUCGCCCGAUCCAAAAACGGAUGUCGCCCAGCCCGUUCUCCAUCCACCACACCCCUUACACCUCCCCAUUCGCCACCCCGACAUACUGUUUGUCCCCUACAUUGACAACUAGCCCAAAAAGAACGUCUUCUCCUCCUCCCCCUUCGUCAAACAAAGGUAAGGGCAAACCGUGGACUUACGCCACGACCAAUCUCAGCGCCAUAAUGGCGUCUAAGGAUGCCCCGGAACGCGAUUGAUUAUCCCAGUUGGAGUAUAAUUUUUUCAUUAAUUAGCAGAGUUAUUAGUAUUUUAUUAGAUGAUAUAGUGUUAAGUGUAAGGGAAGACAGGAGACUAUAAUUAAGAUCAUGAAAAGAGCUGCAGAUAUAAAGAAGACAGCAAUCUUGUAGAGUUUGUUUAUGCUGUAUUAUAUUAUAGCUCUCUGCAUUUUUCAAUGUAUAUUAUAUUAAUUUUAAUUCUGUCUUUUUUUUAAAAAAAUCUUUCAAUUCAGCUAAGUGUCAUUCUUGAGAUUAAAGUACUGUUAUUUUG